GGAGAAGGAAGCUGGCCGAAGAAGGCAGGGGUGGCAUACGUAAAUAGCAAACGGUAAAGGCUUUUGAAGAAUCCAGCUCUGGGGAAGGAUGGCAUCUGUGUUCCAAACUGUGGGAUCAAGCAUUGGCUGGCGGAGCCAUCAGAUCCUGUCGGACUUUGAGGAGAGUCCUGUGCCAGAUCGAUUCAGGAAAAGAUCUUCUGUGAACAUGAAUAAUGUGCGGAUGUCCCUCCGGAAAAGAAUGCCUUUAAAAGAAGUAAAAAUGAAUCUUGAUGAGAAUCCAACUUGGGAGAGCCUGGAGGCUAAGGAGAAAAGCUCAAACCUCCAGAUGCUUACAAGAACAGCCAAAAAUGUAUUUGGAACAAUGUCACAGAAAAUGCAAAGGAACUGCCAAGGUCCCUCUCGUGCUAUAGCAGCUUCGUUGGCCAAGGACCCCAGAGGAAAGAGCAGAAGUUCCACAAAAACUUCCAACGUCUCUCCUCGGACCCCUCGCCAAAACAAGAAGCUGGCUUCCAUCUCAACCCCAACAUCCAGCACGAAGAUUGUAUCCCCAUCCAGCAAGAAAUCUGGGUCCUGUCAGCGUAAGAAAAGUCUCCUGCCUCUACGGAGAUCCAUGAGGGCUGCAGCCUUGAAAAGCCCAUAUGGUUCUCCAGUUUCUCUUGCUGUGAGAAGGCAGUUGAGCUGUGACUUGGAGCUGGUCUCAACAGGCAUUCGCAAACUGAAGCGCCUCUCUCAUGCAUUCAACGACAUCAUUGUUCAGGAGGAGAGAGAUCAGGCAAUCCUAAAUUAUUAUGAAAUCAUGGCACAGAAUAUUCGUGCGGUGCAAUUGCAAUCCGGAAGCCUGGCUCAGUGUUUUCGGAGGCAGGCAAGGAGAGUACGGUGGACCUGUAGCAGCUGGGCUGAUAGUCACUUCAAAUAAUAUUAACCUGGAAACAUUUGAAGGAUGGACUUUUGAAUGAGUUUUAAUAAGCUUUUAAAAUCCAUAUUGAAUCGACUCCAUAUAAGCUUGUAUUGUAAACUGCUAACUUAUAAGAAACCUCAUGUGUCCUUUUUAUAGACUAUGUCAAGGGUGUCAAACUCAAGGCCUGCGGGCCGCAUCCAGCCCGUGGGGUGCUUAGAUCUGGCC